CAUUAAGAACAUUCAUUGCCCUGACCUUCAGUGUGAGAAGGAGAGCAGCGAAGUCCAAAGAAGGAGAGAAACUCAUCACUUUAAGAGCUUCAGAUUCUUAUUUGAAGAUGGGCUUUGCAGAGUUUUAUUUCAAUGUGGAUAACGGUUAUCUGGAGGGACUGGUCAGAGGGUUUAAAGGUGGAAUCCUGAAACAGGCAGAUUUCCUCAAUCUGGUGGAAUGUCAAACUCUGGAGGAUCUGAAGUUGCUUCUUCAGAGCACAGAUUAUGGCAGCUUCCUGGCAAACGAAACUGGUCCCCUCACGGUCUCUAUCAUUGAUGAUAAACUGAAACAAAAAUUGCUGGUGGAAUUUGUCUAUUUGCGGAAUCAUUCUUUACAGCCCCUCACCACCUUCCUGGAUUAUAUCACGUACAGCUAUAUGAUUGACAAUGUCAUCCUGCUGAUUACCGGUACAUUACGCCAGCAACCGAUUUCAGAGCUUCUUCCCAAGUGCCAUCCUUUGGGCAGCUUCGAGCAGAUGGAGGCUGUUCAUAUUGCUCAGACCCCCGCUGAACUGUACAAUGCUAUCCUGGUCGAUACGCCAUUAGCUUCCUUCUUUCAAGAUUGUAUCUCAGAGAAUGACCUUGAUGAAGUUAAUAUUGAAAUAUUACGAAAUAAGCUCUACAAGGCUUACCUCGAAUCAUUUUAUGGCUUCUGUAAAGACCAAGGGGGACAGACUGAAGAAGUAAUGUGUCCCAUCCUGGAGUUUGAAGCUGACCGACGUGCAUUUAUCAUCACUCUGAACUCCUUUGGCACUGAGCUGAGCAGAGAGGAUCGGACUACACUUUAUCCACGCUGCGGCAGACUGCACCCGGAUGGCUUGACCCUUUUAUCCAAAGCUGAGGAUUUCGAGCAUGUGCGUGCAGUUGCUGAAUAUUAUGCGGAAUAUAAACUCUUGUUUGAAGGUGCAGAGAAGAAUUCCAAUGAGAAGACAUUGGAAGACAUGUUCUUUGAAUAUGAGGUGAAGCUCAAUGUAAUGGCAUUUAAUAACCAGUUUCACUUUGGGGUGUUCCAUGCUUACAUGAAGCUGAAGGAGCAGGAAUGUCGGAAUAUUGUUUGGAUUGCAGAAUGUAUAGCUCAGAGACAUCGGACUCGCAUUGACAACUACAUUCCCAUCCUCUAAGUGCAAGUCACCUAGACCAUGACUGGCAUCCUAAGAAUAACAGUAACUAACUCCUGCAACCUGUCCCAAGUCACUGAUCCUCAGCGACCAGUGUCUUAGUGAUCUGCUCUAGAAACCAACUCCAGUGACUUGUCUCAAAUAAGUAAUCCACAACAAUUUAUUCUGAGUAAUCAUCUCUCCAACCCAGUUGUGAGGAAUCUGUAUUUUGUUAAUCAAAUAUGCCCUUAUAUUAACACCUGUUAAUUUGUUGGCUUUGGUAAUCAAUCCUGAGAAAGCAACCGCUAGUUAGCAGACUAAUCAUUAGCCCAGCCUCGGAUAGAGAUGUUAUGAUAACUCCUAAAUGCUAUCACUCUUUUUAUGUGUUCUGGUGUAAUUUCUUAUUUAAUCAUGACUUGGAGCAAUAAACAAGUUGCAUUGGGGUGGAUGUGUUCUAUCUCAAAUUUCCAAUCACAAAUGAAAACUAUCUGUAUACAAAGUUACCUAUUAAGAAUAUGUAAUUCUUACCUUCAGUUACAAGUUUUCCGCAUUCUGUCAAGUAUAACAUAAAAAUGCAACACACACCCAAAUAUGUUGCUGUGGCUCUAGAAGGCAGUUCACCAACACCUCAAGGGCAAUAAAUGCUGGCCCACCCAGUGAUAUCGCACCUCAUGAAUGAAUAAAGAAAUAGGAGAGGCAUAGUCCAUUUGACCUCAUAAACCUGGUCCAUAAUUUAGUAAGAUCACGGCUGAUCUUGUUAUGACCUUAAAUUUAUUGUCCUGCUCGUCCCCUUUAAUCCUAGGAUCUGUUGAAGCUCAAAAUAUGUCUAUCUCAGCCUUGAAUAUAUUUAAUUACCAAGCUUCCACUGCUGUUUGUGCUAGAAAUUUCUGUAUGGCCCAUAAUGGAAUUGUUACGCUGCCUGGUUAUUUGUGCAUUGCGAUAAUCACACUGUACAAGUCACUCUGUGUAUUACUAGACUACUAUUACACUCUGAUGGUCAUU